AGCCAGCUGAGAGAUAGAUGCAUUGUGGACGCUUGCAAUGGGAUAUUAGAGAUCUUGAAGCAGUAAUGGUGAGGCAGUUUUGUAAUAGUGUGUGCUUUUAGCUCUCUGUGACCGGACAGACGCAGGGCUUUACACACACCAGACACCGACUCUUUCUUCAUUUAUCUGAGGUGGAUGUGAUAUACGAGAGACACAUUAAAAAGCGUGUGUCAUGGCUGUGGCCGGAUGCCCGGAUUAUUUUCUACACCAUCCAAAUUACCAGCAGGAUAAAGUAGACCGAGCUGCCAAUCACAGACAGGCAGAUUUGAUUGGACCAGGUUUUCAGCAGUCAACCAAUCGGAAUUCACCCAACCAUCAAGAAGAUGACGUGGAUCUGGAGGCUCUGGUGAAUGACAUGAACUCGUCCUUUGAGAGUCUGUACACUUCUUGCAGUGUACAGGCAGAAUCCACUCCACUGCUGCACAACGGCCAACCACAUCGCUCCGCCACCUAUCAGACACAGGCUCAGCCCACCUCCCCGCACCAGAGACUGUGCCGGUCCCAGCCCAUGCACAUCCUCGCUGUCAGAAGACUUCAGGAAGAGGAGCAACAGUACCGAACGUCCUCUCUACCUGCCAUCCCUAACCCCUUUCCUGAACUCUGCAGCCCUGCCAGUUCCCCUACACUCAGCUCUGGCUCCUUACCUCAGUGUCAACCCUCAGGCAAAUAUAUCAUAAAAAUCUUCAGCGAGGAUGGGAUGGGAAAGGUGGUGGAGAUCCCAGCCGACAUGUCGGCGCGAGACCUGUGCCAGUUUCUCGUCUAUAAAAACCAUUGUGUGGACGAUAACAGUUGGGCGCUUGUGGAGAAUCAUCCAGCCCUGGGACUCGAGAGAUGUUUAGAAGACCAUGAACUGGUUGUUCAAGUGCAGGCGUCAAUGACCAGUGAGAGUAAAUUUCUCUUCAGGAAGAACUAUGCCAAAUAUGAAUUCUUUAAAAAUCCUUUGAACUUCUUCCCAGAGCAAAUGGUUGCCUGGUGUCAGGAAACGAACGGGACCAUCCCCCCAUCUCAGCUCCUGCAGAACUUCUUAAACUCCAGCAGUUGUCCUGAGAUCCAGGGAUAUUUGUACGUGAAAGAAAUGGGCAGGAAAUCAUGGAAGAAACUGUACGUGUUUUUAAGACGGUCAGGGUUGUACUUCUCAACAAAAGGAACGUCAAAGGAGCCCAGGCAUUUACAGCUACUAGCAGACCUGGAGGACAGCAAUGUCUUUACAGUAAUAACAGGGAGAAAGUUGCACAAUGCACCGACUGACUUUGAAUUCUGCAUAAAACCUAAUAAAGUAAGGAAUGAAGUGAAAGAACUGAGGAUGUUGUGCGCAGAGGACGAGCAGAGCAGAACAUGCUGGAUGACGGCCUUUAGACUCUUCAAGUAUGGAAUUUCGCUCUAUCAAAAUUACAAGAUCCCCCAGCAGCGAAAAACCUUGCUUUCACACUUCUCCGCUCCUGUGAGGAGUGUCUCAGAGAAUUCUCUGGUAGCCAUGGAUUUCUCAGGGAGGAUAGGCCGAGUGAUUGACAAUCCUGUGGAGGCUCAGAGUGCUGCCAUGGAGGAGGGACAUGCCUGGAGAAAGAGAAGUCAGCGUAUGAAUAUACUAGGAAGCCCCAGCCCAUUACACCCCUCAUCAUUAAGCGGAGUUAUCCACAGAACUCAGCUGUGGUUUCACGGUCGUAUUUCACGGGAGGAGUCCCACAAGAUGAUCCAUCAGCAGGGAAGAGUGGAUGGAAUGUUUCUCUUGAGGGACAGCCAGAGCAAUCCUAAGGCAUUUGUGCUUACAAUGUGUCACCACCAGAAAAUCAAACAUUUCCAGAUUUUACCGUGUGAAGAAGACGGUCAAAUGUUCCUGAGCCUCGACGAUGGCGCCACCAAAUUCACGGACCUGAUCCAGUUGGUGGAGUUUUACACGCUAAACAGAGGAGUUCUGCCUUGCAAACUUAAACACCCCUGCACCACUGUGGCCUUAUGACCUCCAUUUGCCUGAUUCCGCCUAAAGACAAACACUCAGACGCCGUGUGCUGUGGUGUAAUGCUGUGCUGCUGGGACGGAGAAAAGCACACCGCGAGAGCAACUCUCUAUCAACGAGAGAGGAAAUCAAAAAGAACAGGCACGUACAGGACCAGCAAGAAAUAAAGAAAAAGCUUGGAAAUAAAGCUUGUGUGCUAGCUGCUGAAGAACCUCUCAGCCACCUGCACACUCGACCGUGGCCAGAGCAGGUUCUCAGGACAAUCAUCCAGAGGGAGUCUUCAGGAUCCGCGGUCUUAAUCGUGCAGAUAAUGGUUUGGGAAGACCAGCAGAACACUCGUAAAUCGCAUUUGAUUUCAUUUUGCACUCAUAAACCAGGAAAAACCAAGCUAUGGAAAUUGUUGCUUUCAUAAAUCAAGCAGAUUUGAUUCGAGAAUGUUCUGUGAGAUGCGGGCAGCCGUUUGGUGGUUUCAGUACUGUGAAAAGACAUUGCCGUUCAUUUCGUGCUUUCUAUCGUUUUCGCCCGGUUAAUCACUAGAAUAUUUAGACAUUUGCUUUCUUUUUAUUUGCUCAUAGUGUUGAGCAAAGAACUCUCGUGCAUGAUGCAUUUGGCCUUUUUUUUUCUCCAUGUUAAACCCUUUUCCCCUUCGCAAAACAUAACCUGCAGCACUCUCUACUGGCCAUAACGAGAAUUAAUGCGUCCCUUCACUCCUUUAAGGAAUAGUUGGUCUCAAAAAUGAAAUUGGGUUAUUUACUCACCUUAUUGUUCUACAAAAACCUUUCUUCUUCUCCUUUUUUUGUAGUGCACAGAAAAAGAUAAAUCUCCACACAACUGUAUUUUGUAAUUCAUAGAGGCCAUGGCUUUUAGUUUCCAGGACGAAAAGCACGACUUAUAUGACUCAUCGCUAUAUUUCAAGUCAUACGACGGUAUUGUAUUCGAGACCACAAGAAUGUUGAGUCCGAGUCCAAGUGUUCCAGUGUGCAUGACAACUCAAGAGUCUAGUCUUGAGUACAAAAACACUGCCACACGAUAGCUUUGUUUGAGGAACCAUCUAAAAUUUUAAAGUCAAGCCAAAUUUAAGACCAGCUUAUAUCUGAUUUUGGAAAGACAUGAAGGUGAAAAAUGAUGGCUAAAUUUAGUUUUUGAGUGAACUAUUCCUUUAAACAUGAGUUUAAGAACAUGGCCUGACAUGACCGCCACAUCCUUUUUGGAACGGUGCCUUGAUUUUAAAGAGGAGUCUGUUGAGAAAUAACCACUAAACCCUCUGCUGGGAACUCCGCUGUGGGUCGCAGUCUACCAGGAGCUAGAUCAACAAACUGGAAUCUUUAGAACUGCUGUCAUCUUUAGUCCCAGCUCCAGUCUGUUUUUGUUGUUGACUUUCUAGUUUUCUCUCCACGUUUCAAAAGAUUGUUUCGAGGACAGCACACUGUGAAGCUCGGGCUAAGAACACCCACAGAAAGAUGGGGUUCGAAUUUAUAAUCUGCCUUGUCCAUGGUAGCAGUAGGUACAACGGAUUUGUAAAGAUACUUUUUUUUGUACUUGUGACGCAAUGUAAAGAAAGAGCCAUGUUUUUAGUUUGUACCUAUAUUGUAUUAAACUAGAUAGAGAGGGCAUAGCCACCACGUCUACAAGUUCACCCAAGACACCAGUGCAAAUGACGCAAUCGUUUUUUUAAUUAUUGCUUCAACAAAUUUAUUUAUUUAUCUGGAUUUGAUUACUUGAAAUUUAGUUUAGUUUUUUCGCAGCGCUGUUCAAUAAUAUUCUUCCACAUUUUUAUGUAUUUUUUGGACCUCGGUUAUUAACUACACCCCGUUUCUUGAAUCUUUUAGCGCUAAUUCUUCAUCAACGUCCUAUUAUAGUACACCGUCUUUAUGGCCUGUAUUAAUGGUAGAGCCUGUAGAGCCUGUUCAGUGGGUGGUAAUGUUGUGUACGUUACUGUCCAUUGCUAACCUGACACGCUGCAAAACAAUGCUUUUCCAGCCAAAAUAUCUAAAAAAAUCUUAAAUCAAGCAAAAAUGAUUGUCUUGUUUAAGCAAAUAAUCUGCCAAUGGAGUUGAAAAGUUUUUUUUUUGCAGUGUGCACUAUAUUGAAAAAUAUUCCAGUGGACAAAAACACAAGCUAGCACACGAUAUGGUGCAGCCCAUUGAACAGACAUGUAUUCCAGACAGCUUUGUUUCCAUUUACGUUAGAUGAACUAUGGUGUCUACGCAAUCAAGAACUAUUAGCAAAUUUCAUAUUGUUGUCUAUAAAAAAUAGUAGUCACAAAGUAACAUUAGGCUGUUCAUUCAGAUGCAUUCUAAGAUAAGGGAUGAGGUACAGUGAGCCAGUUUUCGCAAAAAAUAAAAUAAAAUCUUGAAAGGGCAAUCCUGUAUUUUGACCGUACAUUAUGCUGCUUAUUACAUGGCUACUUACAAAUAAAAAAGUAAAUAAAACAAGAAAUAUUGAUUUAUGUGAUUAUGUGACAAGUGAUAAAGUAUCUCAGAGAGCCAUGUAAUAAGGAUAUGAUCUCAGUCAGUCAGGUAGUACUUAGACCUCAUUGGAUGAUUUAACCACAGAAAUAGGCCGCAGGGCUUAAGUCAGCGCUAUUAUUAUUCACUUGAAUAUCUUUCUCAGUGUCAGUUAAGUUAAUUCAAGCCUUGAGGACGAGUGUAUGUCAGCGUUGAUUUAGCUGCAGUUUGGGUGGGUCGUACGUUCACCAAAAGACACAAGCAUACACACGCAAGCUUUCUGAACUUGACAUUAUUGUCUUUAUUUUUUUCAGGGUUUGAUAAGUGAAGCUAUACAAUCAGCCAGCCAAGGACUAAACCAACAACAUUUCAGCUAUGAUGCUAUUCAUUAGCAUAUUCUGUAACCAGUUUCCGUAUACUACAAUACCAGUGUAACAGCGUAUCAGGAAUAUUUUCACCUGGUUCAGACAGAUGGAUGUAUUGAGUUUAGAGGUUAUCGAUUUUUUCCUGGAAUCAUUUAACAAUAAAAAAAAGAACGAUUUUUUUUUUUUUUUUUUUGUAUUUUGCCAGUGAGGAAGUUGUAGGAUUCUUAAAGGCUAGUUUACUAUAUGUUACUGGUGAAUCACCUGUGUGAGUAAAAUUGAUCUGUAGGAUAGUCUGAGCACCAUUAGCGCUUAACCUACUUGUUAACUAGUUGGCCGUUCAGUAUAAAAGUGAGUGUGAGCAGGAUUUUUGUUCGCAGACACUCUGGGAGUUAAUACAGUAAAACACACGCAUUUAUUUCUUUUGCAACAUCGUUUCGUUUUCACAUAUAUCAUGUAACAUGCAGCUCAACGGGACACUAUAGUUACAAUCCAUUCAUGUACAAAUGUUCAAGUUUGUAGAUACCACACUGAAUUUUUGGAUACAGAUUUUUUUUUUCCACAAUGGCAUAUAAAAUGAAGAAACUUGACUUAUUUUAGUGCAUUUUUAUUAUUUGGUUAAGUGUGUAAAUAUGGAAUCUAUUCUAUUUUGUGUUGCUUUGUCAAGCUAAUUGACCUUAAAGAAUAUGUUAUGUUUGCAUUGAGCUGACGGAAAACUGGACUUUGAACUCCUUUAGUCAUUGAAGGUCAUUAUUAAGCUAGUUUUAAAAACUCAUUAUUCUUACAAAUACACUUAUUAUGAAAACGCUAACCGAUUUUUGCCUUGUAGAUAUUGUAGAAAUGUUUCUUUAAUACGAAUCAAAGACAAAUGUUUUUUUUUUUUUGGAUUUUCCCCAUUGCUGUUUGAAAGAAGCUGGUGGCAGCAUCUGCGAAAUGUGUAAUCUGUUGAGAGUUUAUCGGUGAAAGAAAUAAAUGUCAUUUUUAUAUUUAAAAGAAAUGAAUGUAACUGGGUUGCUCAGGGUUGAAGUGGAGGCUGUUUAAAACUGGUCCUGUGGACCGGCAAGACUUCUUCUCUGUAUUUUUCUUUUUAUUAAACUAACAUUGUACUUCUUUUUAUUGAGUCUUUGACCACACCAGACCUCUAUUAUUUCCCCCUUUUUUUUCUCUAAAUGAAUCUCUGGCCUUCGAUAUAUGCUAGUUUUGUCAGCAACAUCUGUAUCAUAUAGCUUCCACCCUUUCUUAAAGGGACAGUUCACCUAAAAAUAAUCAUCAUUCGCUUACCCUCAAGUAGACGCGUUUUUUUGCCCGUGCAGCGAAACAGAGCAGCUUGAACGUUCUGCUAUAUCACUCCUUUUUUACUCCAUAUACAUUUUUUUGGAUGAACUAUUCCUUUCUGCAUAUCAGGUGCCUCGAAACCCUACGGUCCACCCUCUCUCUUCACUAAUGUCGGCUUGAGAGGGUGUUCCUACUCAGGUUAUGGUUACUGAUCUCGAAUUCGUGACCAUUUGUCACUAGCAUCAGUUCUGAUGAAAGAGGAGGUCGUGCUUUUGAUUACACUGUUCAUGUUACAUAGUAAUUGCGUUAUGCAUAUUGCAAUGAUCUUAAUGUGUAAUUAUGUGGAUCUGCUUUUAAUUACUGCUAUCGUCUUGAACCACAACAACACCUAAUGCGUGUAACAUGGACGCUGUAAUGUAAAGCAAUACUUCUGUGACUUUUUUCAUGCCAUAAUCAGUACCUUCUCCCAACUGUCAGUAAUAUUUCCUGAGCUUUGCGCAUGUUUGUUUUUGUUUUUUUUUCGAUGCAAAACAAUACCAUGACCAUAAAUGUAAGUAAUAUAGAGGUAAAUAUGAAUCUAUGUCUUUCAGGGAAUGAAACAAACAAACAAACAAACAAAAAGAUGGAUAGAAAAAAAAGGUUUCUUCUUUUCAGAUUCUGUAUUGAUAAUGUGUUCUGCUUGGUUCUGUAAAUAGCUGAAUGGCUUACAAAUUCUAAUUGUAACCUUUUCAGGUAUUUUUGUACAAAUAAGGGACUGAUAUAUUCUGUUUAGAAUAAAAAUUAAUUGAUUGCUAUA